AUGGGACCAGUCUUGUUGCAGACCUUGCGCGUCCUGGGAAACGCCUGUAUCGACCACGACCCCACACGACUCCUCCUCCUCCAAGACGAUCUUUUGGGGAGAUUGUUGCCGUUGUUCGCACACCCUGAUCUCAUGGUCUCCACGAUCGCGCAAAUCGUAUUCAUCAACCUCCUUACGGGAUAUCCUGCCGCGCAACGAGCAGCUGUCGAGGCUGGUGCUGUCACCACACUGCUGGAAGUCAUUGAGCGGGAGGGCGAUGGGGGUGAUUGUGGAUCGGCAUUGCGUGGGUUGGGACUUGUCUUACAAACGCAAGAAAAAGAAGAAGAAGGAGGAGGACAAUUAAUUACACAAUUGGACAAAAUCGUGCAGGUAUUGUUACGACACGUGUGCCGCGACAUCGACCUCUACGAACGGACACUCACACUCGACAACCUCAUCUCAGCCCUCGCCCACGAGCCGGGAAAGGCAGCCAUCGACACCCGGGAGGGGCUGACGUCUCUCCUCCGAGCUCUAGAGGACGCUGCCACCGUCUCAGCUGAUGCACGGGAAGUGAAUUUCUUCCCUAACGCGGAUGAGGAGCUGUUGGGUGAGCAGUCGGAUGCAGACGACGAAGAAAUCGACAACGAGUACGACGAGGAUGAAGGGGAGUGGAAACGCGCAAGGAAGGAGUUGGAUCGCGUCCUGGGUGAUGUUGAGUUUGCCCGUGAUAGCGUGGACGACGAGAUACUCCUCACCUGGCUCCAGGGAUCGAGUGAGGAGUUGUGGAUUACUGCGUGUGUGCUGCUUGGGAAUGUGGCGACUUUGGAGGACGUAUGCGUUGAAUUUGUCCACAACGCUUUCCACCGACACUUGGUGCGUAUCAUGGGGACUGCAAAGGAAAAGGAAGCCGUGCAUUUCGCUGCAGGUUUCCUGAGGAAUCUCGCAAUUCCGCCAAAGAAUAAAGAUGUGAUUGCGAGUGUCGAGGGAUGUUGGGAUGUUUUGCGGGGAUUGUGGGAGGGUGAGGAUGUAAGGUUACGGAUUGAUGGUGUUGGGGUCUGCAGGAUGUUGGUGAACAUGAAUUUGUCGAAUUCGUCGUACCUGAUGUUGGGUCCGGGGUUGUUCGAUCCACUCAUGAAUGUCAUCCCGACGACAGAAGAGAAGAACGGCGUUCGUGAUGAUCCACAUCUCGAGAUCGAGCGCGCUAGGACGAUCGCGGCGGUGUUACGGACACUUCACUUUGCCCACAACCCCGCCCUAUUGAUGCCCAUGACGAAACACGACCGCACGGCAUCCGCAUUGGCGUGUUUAGUCACGCAAUCGACAUGGCCGGCCCUCCAAGCCGAGGGAUUCCUGGCGCUCGCGUUGCUGGGGAAGACGAACCAACAAGGCCGGGCGCAGGUGCGAGAGGUCCUGAAAUCUAAAGUCGUCGGGGAGGUGGUGCACGAGGUCUUGGGGUUGUCGUCGGAGAAGGGGGUGAGGGAGAACGCGAGGGUUUGUGUGGUUGAGUGUACUGCGGAGGGUGAGGCUGAGGGGGAUGGACGGUUGAAGGUAUUGAGGGAGAUGGCGCUGGGUGAGCAUAGAUAA